AUGGGGCCGUGGGGCAGCAGCUCUAGGGGCCUGAAACCAUCUGCAGCUGGCUCAGCUCGCUGUGCUGCGCCGUCUCUGCUCGCUCUUCCCUUAACUCGCGUCGGCCUCUCCGCUCGAGGUGCCCUCCGCGGUGCCCCUCUGGGGCCGGCGGUGCUGGUGAAAUAUUACAGACACUUGGCACCUGAUCACUUGCUUCAAAUAUGCCAUCGACUUGGACCACUUCUAGAGCAAGAAAUUCCCCAAAGUGUCCCUGGAGUGCAGACGUUAUUAGGAGCUGGCAGACAGUCCUUGCUGCGUACAAACAAAAGUUGCAAACAUGUUGUGUGGAAGGGAUCUGCUCUUGCUGCUCUGCAUUGUGGAAGGCCUCCAGAGUCCCCUGUAAAUUAUGGCAGUCCACCAAGUAUAGUGGAUACCCUGUUUUCAAGAAAACUAAAUGGAAAAUACAGACUUGAACGCCUUGUUCCAACUGCAGUCUAUCAACAUAUGAAGAUGCACAAAAGAAUUUUAGGACACUUAUCUUCUGUAUACUGUGUAACCUUUGAUCGGACUGGGAGGCGAAUAUUUACUGGUUCAGAUGAUUGCCUUGUAAAAAUCUGGGCAACUGAUGAUGGAAGGUUGUUGGCUACCCUGAGAGGCCAUGCAGCUGAAAUAUCUGAUAUGGCAGUAAACUAUGAAAACACCAUGAUAGCUGCUGGAAGCUGUGAUAAAAUGAUCAGAGUUUGGUGCCUUCGAACUUGUGCACCCUUAGCAGUUCUGCAGGGCCACAGUGCAUCUAUAACAUCAUUGCAGUUCUCUCCACUGUGCAGCGGCUCAAAGAGAUACUUAUCUUCAACCGGGGCAGAUGGAACAAUAUGCUUUUGGCUCUGGGAUGCUGGGACCCUUAAAAUAAAUCCAAGGCCAACAAAGUUUACAGAACGUCCUCGGCCUGGAGUCCAAAUGAUCUGUUCUUCUUUUAGUGCUGGUGGAAUGUUUUUGGCCACUGGGAGUACAGAUCACAUCAUUAGGGUUUAUUUCUUUGGAUCAGGUCAGCCAGAGAAGAUAUCAGAGUUGGAGUUUCAUACUGACAAAGUUGACAGCAUUCAGUUUUCUAAUAGUAGUAGCAGGUUUGUGAGUGGAAGCCGUGAUGGAACAGCACGAAUCUGGCAAUAUAAGCGAAGGGAAUGGAAAAGCAUUUUGUUAGAUAUGGCUACUCGCCCAGCAGGGCAAAGUUUGCAAGGAAUUGAAGAUAAAAUCACAAAGCUGAAGGUGACCAUGGUGGCCUGGGACCGCCAUGACAACUCCGUUAUCACUGCAGUAAAUAACAUGACUCUGAAAGUUUGGAAUUCUUUCACUGGUCAACUCAUUCAUAUUCUCAUGGGGCAUGAAGAUGAAGUGUUUGUGCUUGAACCUCAUCCGUUUGAUCCAAGAGUUCUCUUCUCUGCUGGACAUGAUGGAAAUGUCAUAGUUUGGGAUUUGGCAAGAGGGGUCAAAAUCCGGUCUUACUUCAACAUGAUUGAAGGACAAGGCCAUGGUGCAGUUUUUGACUGCAAGUGCUCUCCUGAUGGACAGCAUUUUGCAUGUACUGAUUCUCACGGUCACCUUCUGAUUUUUGGCUUUGGUUCCAGUAGCAAAUAUGACAAGAUAGCAGAUCAGAUGUUCUUUCAUAGUGAUUAUCGGCCCCUUAUCCGUGAUGCCAACAACUUUGUCCUGGAUGAACAGACACAACAGGCUCCACACCUUAUGCCUCCCCCAUUUUUGGUUGAUGUGGAUGGCAACCCUCAUCCUGCAAGGUAUCAAAGACUAGUUCCUGGUCGUGAGAACUGCAGGGAGGAACAGCUUAUUCCUCAGAUGGGAGUGACAUCUUCAGGAUUGAAUCAAGUUCUUAGUCAGCAAGCAAACCAAGAAGUGAGUCCGUUGGAUAGCAUGAUUCAAAGGUUCAAGCAGGAGCAGGACCAGAGACGUUCUGUGGAGGCAGGAACCAGUAGUACCAGCCGCAUCAGCAGAGGGUCUGUAAGUUCUACCUCAGAAGUACAUUCACCACCAAAUAUAGGAUUGAGACGCAGUGGACAGAUCGAAGGUGUGCGUCAGAUGCACAGCAAUGCACCAAGAAGUGAAAUAGCCACUGAGAGGGACCUGGUGGCUUGGAGUCGCAGGGUUGUGGUGCCUGAACUAUCUUCUGGUGUGGCCAGUAGGCAGGAAGAAUGGAGAACAGCAAAGGGAGAAGAAGAAAUAAGGGUGUAUCGAUCAGAAGAGAAAAGAAAACAUGUAAUGAGUCACAUUCCAAGAGAAAGCAAAAUACCUACUUUCACUAAGAACCAUUCUCAUGAUAACCUGUUAGACACUAGUGACUCAAAAAAGCAACAAGCAAAUCAGCACAACUACCGUACAAGAUAUGCAGUAGAAGAAACUGCAAGACCUGCUGAAGAGUUGGAAAAUGGACACAGUUCCUCAGAUGAAGGGGAAGUAGUUGUUGCCAGUGGUGGAACAUCAGAAGAUGAUGAAAGAGCAUGGCACAGUGAUGGCAGUUCUAGUGACUAUUCUAGUGAUUAUUCUGACUGGACAGCAGAUGCAGGAAUCAAUUUGCAACCACCAAAGAAAAUUCCUAAAAUUAAAACAAAGAAAGCAGAAAGUAGUUCAGAGGAUGAAGAAGGACCUGAAAAACAAAGGAAGCAAAUUAAAAAGGAAAGGAAAAAGGGUAUUGAAGAGAAAGAUGGACCGUCAACAUCACCAAAGAAGAGGAAACCCAAAGAGAGAAAACAAAAGAGGCUGGCUGUAGGAGUUCUGACAGAAAAUGGUUUGACCCUAGAGGAGUGGCUGCCUUCAGCAUGGAUUACAGACACUGUUCCUCGCCGGUGCCCAUUUGUGCCACAGAUGGGGGAUGAGGUCUACUAUUUCCGACAAGGUCAUGAAGCAUAUGUGGUCAUGGCCAAGAAGAACAAAAUAUAUAACAUUAAUCCCAAGAAACAGCCAUGGCACAAAAUGGAAUUACGGGAGCAAGAGCUGAUGAAAAUAGUUGGGAUUAAGUAUGAAGUGGGAUUGCCUACUCUCUGCUGUCUUAAACUAGCUUUUCUUGACCCUGAUACGGGUAAACUGACUGGAGGAUCAUUCACCAUGAAGUACCAUGAUAUGCCAGAUGUCAUAGAUUUCCUAGUUUUGAGGCAACAGUUCGAUGAUGCAAAGCAUAGGCGAUGGAACAUAGGUGAUCGUUUCAGGUCAGUGAUAGAUGAUGCUUGGUGGUUUGGAACAAUUGAAAGCCAGGAACCUCUUCAGCCUGAUUAUCCUGAUAGCUUGUUUCAGUGCUACAAUGUCUGCUGGGACAAUGGUGAUACUGAGAAGAUGAGCCCUUGGGACAUGGAGCUGAUACCAAGUAAUGCUGUGUUUCCAGAAGAACUGGGAACUAGUGUUCCUUUAACAGAUGAUGAGCGUAGAACACUGCUCUACAAACCUCUGGAUGGAGAGUGGGGAUCCAGGACACGGGAUGAGGAGUGUGACAGAAUUAUUGCAGGGAUAAACCAGCUUAUGACUCUGGAUAUUGCUUCUGCAUUUGUGGCACCUGUGGAUCUUCAGGCUUACCCAAUGUAUUGCACUGUUGUGGCAUAUCCCACAGACCUCAGUACCAUUAAGCAAAGACUGGAAAGCAGAUUUUACAGGCGCCUUUCUUCGUUGAUGUGGGAAGUCAGGUACAUCGAACAUAACACUCGCACGUUUAAUGAACCUGGAAGUCCUAUUGUCAAAUCUGCCAAAUUCGUCACAGAUCUUCUGCUGCACUUCAUAAAAGACCAGAGUUGCUAUGACAUAAUUCCAUUAUACAAUGCGAUGAAGAAGAAAGUGUUGUCUGACUCUGAUGAGGAAGAAGAGAAAGAUACAAAUGUGCCAGGAACUUCCACUAGAAAAAGAAAGGAUCAUCAGCCGAAGCGGCGGCUGCGUAACAGAGCUCAGUCGUAUGACAUUCAGUCAUGGAAGAAGCAAUGCCAGGAGCUGCUGAAUCUCAUUUUUCAGUGUGAAGACUCUGAACCAUUUCGACAACCAGUGGAUCUUCUUGAAUAUCCAGAUUAUAGAGAUAUUAUUGACACUCCUAUGGAUUUUGCUACUGUUAGAGAAACACUGGAAGCUGGCAACUAUGAGUCACCAAUGGAGUUAUGUAAAGAUGUGAGACUUAUUUUCAGCAAUUCCAAGGCCUAUACACCGAGUAAAAGAUCAAGGAUCUACAGCAUGAGCUUGCGCCUUUCUGCUUUCUUUGAAGAGCACAUAAGUUCCAUUUUAUCAGAUUAUAAAUCUGCCCUGCGCUUUCAUAAAAGGAAUACAAUAAAGAAACGAAGGAAAAAAAGAAGCAGAAGCAGCUCAGUUUCCAGUAGUGUUGCAUCCAGCCCUGAAAGGAAGAGGAGAUUAAUCAAACCUCAGCUGAAGGCAGAAACUUCUGCCACCUCAUCAUCUUCUGUCCCUGCUCGGUCAAUAGCACUGAGACAUGCUCCACCUCAGAUGAAUGGAAAAGCAGCUGAAACCUCUUCCCUUGUGCGGACUAGAAGCAAUAGGAGCACAACAGAUGUGGCUGUUACAGAGCAACCAUCUACUUCUUCAGGAGCAAAGCCUUUAACUAUAAAGCCUUUAAUUACCAAGCCUAAUAUCACUGCAGGGUCAGGAAAGUCAGUACUGGAGAAUUCAACCAAACAUUCCAAGAAUCAGAAUAUUGUAUCAAACCCUACUCAAACUGAUUACAGUCAUAACACUAGGAAUAACUCCACAAGAGAAAAUCCCGAAAAAGAGAAGCAAAUCAAGCGCAAAGUAAAAUCUUCCACUGUUAAUCAACAAGCAGAAUGCAAGAAUAAUGCCUUGGCAUCAGGAAGCAUUCAGGUAAAUGGACAUGGAGGACAGCCCUUGAAACCUCCAGUUAAAAGAGGUCCUGGACGGAAACCGAAGGUGGAGACUAAUAACAGUAGCUGUGAGGUGGUGGUGCACAAGAAAAGAGGCAGGAAACCAAAAAAGCUACAACUUCUUGAACAGCAGAAGGUUGCAGAGCAGAAUACAAUCCAGCCCACAAGGGACAUACCGGAGGAAGCCUCUGUUUCUACUGCAUGCAAUUCUCUUUCUGAAAAUAAUGUGAAGGAAGACUUGUUACAAAAAAAAGGCCGUGGGGGUAGAAAGCCAAAAAGGAAGAUGAAGACCCGUAAGCCAGGCUCGGACCUCCUAGUUCCUGCCAAUGUUAAAAUGCAAACAAGAAGCAGGAGGAAAAAGACAGAUGAGCCUAUGGACGAGGGGUCUGAAGAGCUUAAAGAUUCUGAACCUCACAUGAGAACUAGAAACCAGGGUAGGAGGACAGCCUUUUACAAUGAAGAUGACUCUGAGGAGGAGCAAAGGCAGCUAUUGUUUGAAGACACCUCCUUAACUUUUGGAACGUCUAGCAGAGGCAGAGUCCGAAAGUUGACUGAAAAAGCAAAAGCUAAUUUAAUUGGUUGGUAA